AUGGCGCCGCGCUCGGCUGUGGAACGUCGGCCCAGGGCCAACACAAUAGAAGUAGCACAGGAUAUUUUCUGGAAACAAGCUGACUUUGGAUAUGUAAAAGAAAUGCUAAAAGAGAUGCAAACCCUCUGUGAACCAGCCAAACCAGGAGAUUCAUCCUUAAUGUGUUCAAAAUACACUCGCUAUUGCAGAGCUACAAAUCUUUACAUCGAUUUGAGAAACCUAAGAAGAAGCACAGAUAGAUAUAAGGAAGAUUUCCUUCAGGAAGGUGAAAUUGGAGGCCACUGUAAAUUGGACAAAAAGGCGCUGUUAGCUGAAGGAGAGCACAAGAGUCCUCUCCAGUCCUGGUUUGCAGAACUACAGUCAUAUUCUCAGCUGAAUUUUGAACUGAAAGAUGAAAAUUGUGACCUCAUUGUUGAAAAGCCAAGCUACUUCAUGAAGCUUGAUGCAGGUGUCAAUAUGUACCACCAUUUCUGUGACUUUGUUAACCUGUACAUUUCCCAACAUAUCAACAACUCUUUUGAUACUGAUGUGAACAUAGUAAUGUGGGAUACGAGUUCCUAUGGAUAUGGUGAUUUAUUUAGUGAUACCUGGAAAGUAUUUGCUGAUCACAAUAUUAUACAUUUGAAGACAUUUGACUUUAAAAGGGUAUGCUUCAAGGAAGUGGUCUUUUCUCUACUCCCUCGCAUGCGUUAUGGAUUGUUUUAUAAUACCCCUUUGGUACCUGACUGCUUUAGCACGGGAAUGUUCAGAGCAUUUUCACAACAUGUCCUGUUUAGACUAAGUAUUACUCAAGAACAGCCACAGAUUGGGAAAAUUCGUGUUACACUUCUGGUUCGUAGUACUCAAUAUCGCAGAAUUUUAAAUCAAGAUGAGCUGGUGAAAGCACUGAAGACAGUGACUGUAUUUGAUGUCAGAGUGGUGGAUUACAAAGACAUUAGAUUUUUAGAGCAACUGAAAAUAACACACAAUUCGGACAUUUUUAUCUCUAUACAUGGAGCUGGACUGACUCAUCUGCUUUUUCUACCAGACUGGGCUGUCGUUUUUGAAUUGUAUAACUGCGAAGAUGAACGCUGCUAUUUUGAUUUGGCUCGACUCCGAGGAAUUAAUUAUAUGACUUGGGAAAAAAGCGACAAAGUCAUAUCUCAGGAUAAGGGUCAUCACCCAACCCUAGGAGAUCAUCCUAAGUUUACGAACUACUCUUUUGACAUAACUGAAUUUAUGCGUCUUGUGCUAUCUGCUGCACAGAAAGUUACACAGCAUCCAAGAUGGCCGUUUACACAAUAUCAUGAUGAGCUAUGACAACAUGUACUUGUAUAAAUUGAAUUUAUAAAUCUGUCUAAAGAUUACUGUUGAAGCAAUCACUUUCUUUUUUAAACACUUAUGCAAGGACAAAUGAGAUUGCCUUUUUAACUGUUAGUUGUAGCAUAUUAAAUUUACCACUCUUGAAAUAAAUGUUCAGGUGUGUAUUUUUUAAACUUG